UAGAAGAUCACGAGGUCCAUGGUUUGGUAAUGACUUUGGAAUGGAAGAUAAAUCUUUUAAGAGAUCAAAAACAUGGCAUUGUGUAAAAAGUAUUUAUCAUAAUAGUAUCGGCAGUGUCACAAAUUCUUCACGGUUUCAUGUAGAUGAUUAUGAAGUAUUUCAAGUAAUACCGCUUGUUAAGAUCUAA